CAUGUUACAACAUUGUUGGGAAACUUCGUCUUAUAGGGUAGCCUGCUUUAAAUGGCACACGAAGUACAUAGGGCAAUGGCGUGGCAUGUUUUAUUGUGCCGAGAAGAUUGCGAACCCAUUAAUAGUUUUGACGGUUAAAAUUGAAAUGUCAACCAGGUGAGAAGUGGUGGCGGAGCGUGCACCAGUCGUGAAUGAUCGCUCUGUUCAUGGCGUUUAAACGACACGGACUGUGGCUACACUGGGAAAUUGUGCACAGGUGAUCUGUGACAUUGUGAACCGAAGGAUAAGUACUGUACAUGUAAAUAUAUUUGACGUGACAUUUAUCAACGUUCGAAAACUUGACUGACGUCGGAUUUGUUUGAUCACUGAAAAAUCAAACUUGCAAUUUUAGUUGCCCAAGUUACUAGUGUUCAACUUGUACAACUUUUCAUAAAUAAACUUUGAGCUCCCUGAAGAUGGCGGAAGGAGUGACUCAGCGUUCGAUUUUGACGAAGUUUGGUGAGGAACAUCUCCAGUGUUCAAUUUGUACAGAUUUGCUCAGGAUUCCCAAGACACUGGCUUGCUUGCACAGCUUCUGUGAGGACUGUCUUUGUCAGUGCCAAAGGUCACAGAGAACUAUUGUGUGUCCGUUGUGUAGGAAAGAAACGGCGAGUCCAAAGGGGGGAGUCAAGAAACUAGCCACUGACUUCAAACUAGCAAGCAUGAUCGAAGCAGUUGCUCAAGACGAGGCUGACCAAACGAUCCCAACUUGUAGCGCUCAUGCUGGGAGGAAAUGCGUGGUGUUUUGCGAGACAUGCUGUGAGCUGAUAUGCCUUACUUGCCUUCAAGAGUCCGACUUGCACAGGAAACAUGAAGUUGGAGAGGUCAGUCAAGAAACAGUACUCGCCAAGAAAAGGCAGUUUAUGAAAGAACACCAGUCCAAGUGCGAUGAAUACUUCAAAGAGAACGUCACGGCUUUAGAAACGGCAGGGAUGUUGAGGAAAGACUUGGAGGAAACAGUAACACAAGCCCAGAAGGCGGUGGAAGCUAAAGCUGACGAAGAAAUUGCUAAAAUAAUAGCUGCAAAAGAAUUUUUACUAAAUCAAAUCGAUGAGAUCAAGACAGGUAGAGAAAGACAGCUCAGUGGUUUCACAGAGGAAUUAGUCUUUCGAAAUGAAACUCUCCAGCAAAUGAUUCAUCACUCUCAAAAGGCACUGAAAACGUACAAUGACUAUGUGUUUCUUCGAGGAUUCUCUGAAGUAAGCUCUAGCUUCAAAGUCCUUGCCGACUAUCCCCAUCCAAGGACAGACAGGAUUGUGCACGGUUUACAGUUCAGCCCAGCGAUUACAACAGGAGCAGUCCACCUCGGAAGUCUGUUGACACGUGAUGGAGGAGAGUGGAAGUUGAGAGCAGAGACGAGUCACUCAGCAAGUGAGGGUGGAAGAGGUGUCACUGUCAGACAUGAUGGCACAGCCCUUGUUGCAGACGUAUGGACUCAAAGAAUUUUCGAAGUCACAUCGGGAGAGAUCCUUGCAACUUUGAAAUCCAUGAAAACGUGUCCACGCGAUGUAUCGGUGACGAGCCACUAUAUGGUAGUAGUUGACGACACUGCCUUUGUCAAGAUGUUCGCACUUGACAAGAGUGUGCAAAAUUUUCAGUUUUCCACUGUGCCGUCUUGUGAGGUUGAAACAACCAACGUGGAUCUCCAGAGUGUAGCUAUCAAUGGAUGCGGCAACGUCGUUGUUGGCGAUGUCAAAAGGAACAUGUUGACAGAGCAUCAACCCUCUGAUGGCGUCAUUGUGCGGGAGCUGCCGUUGGAUACACCACCCGAGUUCUUGGCAAUAAAUAGCGAGUCCCAGGCACUGGUCUCUAGCGAGUACAGCGGCGUCGUGAAGUGUAUCCACCAAGGUCGCACCGCGUUCACCAUCAUGCCAACUAUCAGAGGCACCAAAGUGCGAUGUUGCACCGGUGUGUCAUGGGGGAAAGAUCAGGUCUUCUACGUUGCCAUGCACAACAAGGCCAGCGGCACUGGCCAGGUUCACCUGUAUGGCGCAUCGGGCCAGUUCCUGAAAUGUAUCAUUCAAGGGCUCCAUUUUACCCCAGGGCAUUAGCGUGACUAAGGACAACACGCAAAUUGUCGUUGCUGACUACGACACGAUCAAAAUUUAUCAAAAAGACUAAGGGAUAUUACAACAUUAAAAUCGCUGUAAAUAAACGAGACAUUACUGCACAUAAAAUAUGACAGUGAGCCUCUAUAAGAAGUAUACAGUAAAAGGAUAUAAACAAAUUUUCACAUGAAAGGAGAUCAUUAAAUAAUGACCAGCAAGUCAGACUAUAAUUUUAAUGCGCAUGACCAGAUUGACAGGUAUUCAGAAAAGCUAAGACUGUGCGAAUGUGUGCUUUGCAAUUAAAUGCAGAUCUUAAAAUAAUUUAUAACUUUCCUAGGUAUGGUAGGAAGUUGAAAAUGUUGGGCAAGAAUGUG